AUGACAGCCUUGAUAAGCACAGAGUCUUACGCUAUAGGGUGGAUUGCCGCGCUCCCCACCGAGCGUGCUGCCGCUACAGCCCAACUCGAUGACCGCCACGAACCGCCGGAAGACUUUGAACAACACCCGUCCGAUACAAAUUCAUACACAUGGGGCCGCAUGUGCAAGCACAAUAUCGUCAUAGCAUCACUUCCUGCCGGUGUGUAUGGCACGACGGCUGCGGCGACGACAGCGUCUAACCUGCUCGCAUCCCUGCCGGCGAUUAAAAUCGGUCUACUCGUUGGGAUCGGGGGUGGGAUCGCUCGGCAUCUGGAUCAGGAUGUUCGGUUGGGUGACGUGGUUGUUAGCCAGCCUAAGGGAACUACCGGUGGCGUUAUUCAAUAUGACCUAGGAAAAGCAAGACUCAAUGGAAAGUGGGAGCCCAAGGGCAUGCUGAACAAGCCGCCCAAGGUUCUACUGAACGCACUGGCUGCCCUGCAGGCGGAGCAUGAGAUAGCUCCGCCAAAGAUCUCAGAUCUUCUCGAAGAGAUGUUGACCAAAAUGCCACAGAUGAGGAAGCCAAAGAAGAAAGAGCCAGGAUAUGCUCAUCAGGGCUUCGAGAAUGAUCGGCUAUUCGCGUCUAGCUAUGGUCACAUUGGAGGGCCUACUUGCGACACAUGCGACUCAUUGGAAGAAAUUCAGCGCGAUGAACGAGACACAACCGACCCUGAGAUCCACUACGGUAUCAUAGCCUCUGGAAACACACUUGUUAAGGAUGCUAGCAAUCGGGAUAAGAUCGCAGAGUCCACUGGAAGCGAAUGCCUCUGUGUUGAAAUGGAGGCUGCCGGCUUGAUGGAUCAUUUUCCGUGCUUAGUAAUUCGGGGGAUCUGCGACUAUGCUGAUUCCCACAAGAAUGAUCGAUGGCGUCGAUAUGCAUCGGCUACUGCGGCAGCGUAUGCAAAAGAGCUCUUGGAAUACGUGCCAGCAAAGAUGCUCGAAAAAACAACACGAGCAGUAGAUAUACUAAAGUCAGUCAGUGGAGAUGUAAAAAGCAUGCGAUCCGCGGUGGCUGAAGUGCAAGUGGGGGUUCAAAGCCUUGACAAUACUGUGCUUAAUAUACAGCAGACCACUGUGCUUAACCGACUCCGCGUUGCCGAAGGUGCCUCAUUCGACUCAUCCGCUCAAGAACAUGAUCGACAUUGCCUGCCGAAUACGCGAGUUGAACUGCUCCAACAGGUCUCGGAAUGGGCGAAAGACUUACAUGCAGAGCCAAUCUUUUGGUUGAAUGGAAUGGCGGGAACGGGGAAGUCAACAAUCUCUCGCACUGUGGCCAGGUCGUUGGCUGAUAAUGGUCAACUUGGUGCCUCGUUCUUCUUUAAGAAGGGAGAGACUGAUCGAGGCAGCCUGUCUAAGUUCUUCAUGACUAUUGCGGCUGAUCUAAUUAUGAAGAAGCCAUCAACUGCUCCCCAUAUUGAAGCCGUUCUUAAUGCUGACCAUUCAAUCACAUCGAAGAAUUACACUGAGCAGUUUCAGAAGUUUCUACUUGAACCGCUGACAAAAUGCGACAUAGGAGAUAGACCUGUCGUUAUUGUCGUUGACGCACUAGACGAGUGCGAGCAAGAAGGCGAUAUUGAGCGCUUUCUCUACCUUGUUUCUCGGCUUGAGACCGAACUCCCAGACCGCAUCAGGAUUUUCCUGACGAGCCGACCAGAGGAACCCUUUCGUUCUCAGUUCAAAAAAAUUAAAAAGAAAGAUUCCCGCGUUAUCUUACAUGAGAUACCCAAAUCCGUGGUUGAGCAUGACAUUGACCUAUUUCUGAGAUACGAGCUCUAUUCCAUUCGGGCAGACUUUAAUAGCCGGGUACCAUUAGAACGACACCUGACAGUGGCUUGGCCCAGCGAAUCUAGUUUUGAUCGACUUAUGAAGAUGGCUGUUCCGCUCUUCAUUGUUGCUGCUACUCUUUGCCGCUUUAUCAGUGACAAUAGAAUUGGAACACCCAAGAAGCUACUGGAAAGAGUGCUUUCUCGAUCGGGUGACGGGCUAUCGCAACUAGAGACAACAUACCAGUCUGUUUUGGACAACCAAAUAUCGGCUAGGGCGUCGGUUAGCCAACGAGCAGAAAUUAUCCAACAGUUUCGCCAAGUCGUUGGGUGUAUUAUCCUGCUCGCAAGUCCUCUGUCGACGUCUUCGCUAGCGGUACUACUCAUCAUGGAUAAGGACGACAUUGACAGCAGGCUAGAUCUGCUGCACUCUGUGCUUAGCAUCCCUGCAUCAGCCCAAGCACCAUUAAGGAAAAGUCUAGUCGAGAAAUAUCACUUUUUCUUGAGGAAGCCACUCGAUUUAUACAGACAUAUAUGUCCACGAUUAGCUCAACCCCUCUUCAGCUAUAUUCGUCGCUGCUCAUAUUUACGCCGAAGCAGAGCAAAAUAA